CCUCUUUGCUAAGAACGUACUUGCUUCUGCGCAUAUAAUUAAGCCAUGAACGAUAAGACUGUUUAGUGCAAACUCUUCCAGGCGCAAACAAGGAUUGUAUGUUUACUGCGCGACUUGAAGUAGAGAAUCAUGAUUUCAAUGGUCACUCUUAUGUAUACACUGUGACAAGUUUAGAGCGAUCCUAGCCGGCGUACGUGGUGGACUAACACUUGGUUGCAAUACUUACACGCGGGCCUCUUCAUCGCAGCAUACACGGCGCGGCAAGCGAGCUACAAGUAAAGGAAGCGUUGUGAAGUUAGAGCUGGGAGCCAAGCGGACGCUCGUGAAGGUGCUGACGGCUGGGGGUCAGUUACGUCCGCGCUCUCCGCUAAGCUGUCAGCUUUGUAAACACCAACAAGGAGAUUAAUUAACGCGACUGUAACGAGGGCUCGAGAGCGCACACCUUAUACGAGGACCAUCUAAAUUUGCUAAAUGCAGCGUGUCUGUGCUAGCAGACCUUCGAGCAGAACAGUGGACGCGCUAGAGUAGCGGAAUGGCUCAACCACGCGUCGAUGGUAGCCCAGUUGUUAACGGAGAUGACGCCCGAGAUGCGUGCAGCGACAUUAGUGUGUACUGCACUGACGGAGUAGUUAUGCAGUCAGCGCCUGUCAACGGAGGUGGCGUUGACGUACCGGCGGUGUCCUGUGCAUCGUACGUCAAGGGUGUGAGCGGUCCAACCGCUGCAGAUAUGCCUCGCUUACCAGCUUCAUCCGAAUUUGUGGAGAGCCGAUUUUUGCUGCAGCGACAGCAGCAAGCGCAAAAGUCACAGCCAUGGUCCAACAAUCCACCUCAAUCCCGAAAUGUCCGCCGGGAGGACAAUAGCGCUCCGCGUGCCACGAUAUCGCCACGCAUUUGGGAGCCUGUUGCAGCAGCAAUGGCAGUUACUUUGUUGUGCGCUGUUUCCACCGCUGGCUUGCAUCUGGCAUUGUUGGCCUCUCCCGCAAGACCGGUGCAGCUGCUACUGUCACCGUACAGCCUGGGACCUUUUCCAUGGUCAACGGGAAUAAAGAUUGCGGCGGCGCUGCUGGCAAUGCUAACGGCAGUGUCGUACAUCUGGCAGUGGCAGUUGCCAGGAAAGUACGACACAUGGUGGCGGUGGCACUGUUCGUGCCAGCGGCGGAUGAGCUGCCACAACAGCUGUAACGGUUGUGGUGGCAGCAGUUCUGCAUUGGCGUCGGUAUCCACCGCAGAUCCGUUAAUCCCCAUGCAUUCCGCGGUGUCAAUGCCGCAAUCGCUACGGCUUGCACUGUCCUCCCAGCAAACAAGGCCGCAGGAUGCAGCAGGGGCAGGGGCAGCAGUGCCGGAAGCAGCAGCAGCAGUUGGGGAUGCUGGCAUAGCCUGUGCUACUAGCGGCGUUGGUAAUGACGACAGCGAAGGGGAGCUAGGAGAAGGAGGAUCGAACGUCAUAUCGCCUUUUUCAUCCGAGUCCGCUAUUGCAUGCCAUGUCAUUGAGGAUGGAGGCUCAUGGCCUCACCCUCUUCAGCCACAAUCCAAGCAGGAUCUGACGGCUUUGAUGGCUAAGAUCAGUAAGAUGGAUGGCUACCCAGCAAGCCAGGGAGCUAAGUCAGCGCAUGCAGCAACAUCCGGUGGCCUUGGUAGCGACAACGGCAAUGGAGGAGCUGAUGCUGUCUGCAACGGCAACGCUGCCGACGGAGUAGGUAGCGGCGGUGUCAGAGGUGGCAACAGCAGCAGCAGCAUGGGUGCCAGCGGAGGCGGCGUCGGUGGCGAAGGUGACAGCAACGGUUGGUGGCGGCGGAUGGCACUGCCGCCAUUAGGAUCGUACGGAAGUACGACAGGGACGCUGAUGUCGUGGGGUCUGCCAUCCCUUCACAGCUGGGUGCUGCAGAACCAGCAGCCCUCACCAUUGCUAAUGAGCAUUGGCAGGCGCGGUGGCAGCAGCAGCAGUAACAGCUAUAACAAUGGCAAUCCAGAAGCCACAGCCACUCGUGCCGCCCCCGUUGCAGCUCCUGCUGCCAAUGGCGGUGGCGACAGCGGCAGCGGCGGAGUUGGCGGCGCCUGCUGCGCUCGUUGUGCGGUUGGUGGAGUCGGCGAUGACGGCCGCUGUAGCAGAGCUGCUGCUGCUGCUGCCGCUGCUGGCGAGACCUCUGCCGCUGCCGCCGCCGCCACCGCCGCUGCAAACUCGACCUCAGCUGCCACCAACACAACCUCCGCCGCCGCCGCCGCGGCCGUCACUGACCCCUCCCGGAUGAACCUCCUCAGCGAGCAGGGCUCGUCGUUUUUCUUGGCAAAGUCUCACUUUGCUGUCGAGCAAGGCAAUUGCAACGGCAGCGGCAAAAGUGGCGGCGCGUCAGCUGUUAAUGUCAGCGGUGGUAUUGAUCACCCUGGCAGCGGAGGCAGCAGUAACACCAGUGGGAAUGGAAGCGCUGCACCGUCGUUCAUUACAACAGCACCAGCAGCGGCAAGGGCAGCGGCAGCUGCAACAGCGCCGCCGGCAUUUGUUAUGGUAUUAUUGGUCUGCACGGAUUUGUACGGCAGAUUAAAGAAGUUUGCAACAGCCACCUCCGCUGUUACGGCAUCACGUGCGGUGUCAGGCGCUGCAGCAGUGCUACUGUUCCUUCGAAAUCAUCUGACGUACUGCAGACAAAUCCUCGUACGGAUCGGAGCAGGACGAGCAUUUGGCCCGGGCAGCAUUGCCGUCGACAACAGCAACAGCAACAACGGCGGUAGUGGUGGCGGCUUGUACGGCAUUGUUAGCGGCAGCGGCGGCGUCGGAGGCUGCUUUGCAAAAGCCAGCAAUGGGACAAUCAGGCAGAUGGUUUCCGGUCUUCUUCCGCGCGUCGCCAGCGGUUGGACAGCCUCCGCGCAAUCUGCAUCCAGCUCCUGUGCUUCGCUAACUGCCCUGGUAGCCAGCGACCAAGCAACAACCGCUACGACAGUAAUGGCGACAGGAGCUGCAGCUGGUGCCGUUGCUGCCGGUGCUGCGGGUCCGAACGGCCCAUGCAUGACGUCCGCUGCUUCAUCCGCUAAACCACCACCUGCCAAUCCAGUCGCUUCAUCAAUCUCAUGUACGACAGCCACCUCAAUGGCUACAGCCGGAUCAACGCCACUUCCGUUACUGCCGUACAGUUCCCCGGGCGCCGCCGCUACAACAGCUUUGGCUGUAGCUGGUUUCAGUAAUGUAGGCGGCAGUAGCAUGCCCUUUGGCGCACUUGGGGGCACUCCCGGUGGUUGCGGGGGAGUUGGUUUAGGAGCUCGAGGUAGGGGCAGCAGCUGUGGAAGCAUGGGUGGGGGCGCGGGAGGGUCCGCGUCAAACACGCAUGCGCUGUUUCUCCUUGGGUCGAAUGCGGACGCAGCAGCGGCGGCUGCUGCUGCAGCGGCGGCUGCAGCGGAUCGCAAGCCGGCAUUUUCAGACUUGCCGGCCAACGCGGGGCGCGUGCGGGUGCUUUCAGUGGAUGAUGAGCCCGUUAAUCAGCAGGUGAUGCGAGCGCUGCUUUGGGCCGCAGAAUACGAUGUGCUCGAGGCACGUAGCGGGGAGGAGGCGCUACGGCUGCUGCAAGACAGCGAGGUGUUGCCUGAUUUGGUGCUGCUGGAUGUGACGCUAGGAGGCAGCAUCAGCGGCUUUGAGGUUUGUCGUGAGAUCCGCCGCGAGUACUCGCCGGGGGAAUUGCCGGUCAUCAUGAUCACGUGUUCCUCGCUUGAGGAGGACGUCAUCCGGGGGUUGGCGGUUGGAGCUAACGACUACAUGAUCAAGCCGCUCCGAAACCUCGAGCUCAUGGCGCGAAUUAAGACGCAACUGGCGCUCAAACGCAGCAUCAAGGUAGCCGCCGAGGCGCGUGUCAAUAUGUCGCUGCUCGCCUCCAUUCUGCCCGCCAAUGUCAUUCGCCAGCUCAAACAGGGCGUCACACUCAUAGCUCAGUUCCAUCGGGAGGUCACUAUCCUGUUCUCAGACAUCCGCGGCUUCACCAACCUAGCCACCGAGUGGCCCACCGAGCAGAUCAUCAUCAUGCUGAACACCAUGUUUACCGCCUUCGACCAGCUGUGCGAGCAGAUGGGCGUGUACAAGGUGGAGACCAUCGGUGAUGCCUACAUGAUCGUGUCGGGGCAUGACGGGGUCAGCGACCAUGCACCUCGCAUGUUGCGUAUGGCUGCUGCCAUGAUAGCUGCAGUGGCGGACAUGAGGGGGUUCGACGGCCGAGAGCUGCAGAUUCGUGUGGGUGUGCACACGGGGCCGGCUCACAGUGGGGUUGUGGGUCUCUCCAGGCCGCGCUACUGCUUCUUCGGCGACACCGUCAAUACGGCGUCGAGGAUGGAGAGCACGGGAUUCCCGAUGGCCGUACAGGUCAGCGAGUCGACGCUCCGCGCCGUCAAUUCGAGAUCCGAAUGGGCCGAAGAGUUCAAGUUCGCUUCCUGCGGACCAAGAGACAUAAAGGGCAAGGGGAUCAUGCACACCUACCUGCUCCGUGCCGGACUGUACGAGCAAGGUAUUGCUGAGCUGACAGUCGCCGCCGCUGCUGCUACUGCUGCUGCUGGCGCCACCACAGCUCAGCGGCGGCGGCGAAGCAGUGUCGUACUGCUGGAAAAUACGGCAACGGCGGGACGACUCACAGUAACAACGGCGGCAGAUGAGAAGGAGGCAGCGACGGCAGUACCGGUGACCGCGCCGCCCAUAUCGCCGUCAACACCUCUCUCACCGCCGCAAUUGCAGCCUCGCUUUCCGCCGUCCCAGCCGACGCUGCCGCCACCGUCGGCGUCUCCUCCGCCGACAGUGCCGACGACGGCGCUGCUGCCGCCGCCGCCGUCCGCAGCCAUCCCCAUGCCUGUCCCUGGCAGCAGCGGCGCCGUCGCUUCUGUCGUACCCGACAUGACUUCAACGGCGGGAGCGGCAGCGGCGGCGGCCGCGGAAAUGUUAAUGCCGUCGCCUUUCCUUAUGCCGCUGCCCAGAGGAAUCGUCAGCGAUGGUGGCUAUGCGGGUGCUGGAAGUGUCGGCGGUAGCAUGAGUUAUGGAGCGGCGGGGCUGGUGUUAACAGACUUGGGGGCAGCCGCCAUGUCAACCGACAUCAACGACCCGUCCUUCAAGAAAUCCUCUUGGCGCUAUCAUCAUGCGCUGUGCUCUGGACUUGAUUGCGCGUCGAGUGUGGCGACAACGGCCGCUUGCCACGAUCAUAAUGGGAUUACCGUGCUUGAUCCAUUAGAGUCGCUGGAGCACCCGCAGCCCACCAACAGUCUCCCGGGCGGCGGCGGCAGCCACGGCGGCGGCGGCGGUACGGCAGGUCCAUGGCGCUUCGCCAACGUCAGCAGCUGCAGUACAGCUGGCGGCGGCGGCGAUGAUGCUGCUUUUGGCGGCGGCGGCGGUGGGGAGGGAGGAGUAGGAAGCUUUCUAGGAUGCGCUGUGCUUGGAACAAGUCUUUCGUCCCCCUAUAACCAACCACCACAGCUGACGGCUGCUGCAGUAUCUACAAUGGAAACCUCCCGGCUGACCUCGCCAGUGCUAUCCGCCCGCACUUCCGUCGACUUCAGCGCCCUGGGCACGUCGGCGACAACUGCCGGCGUCUUGAUGAACCACCAGCAGCAGGCUUGGUGUCGUACAGCCUCGGUGGCGUCGUACGACAAUGCUGCCUCCGGCAGCGCGACGCCAGCAACGGCACGGGUCAUUGCUCCGCCACGGCGGCAUGGCGGCGGCAGCGGCGUCUUUGCAUAUGCCGCAGGCGCCGCCGCCAACGCCUUGAACCCUUCGUACGAGCAGCAGCCACACUGGUGCAGGGAGUUAAGACGCAGCAGCAGAAGGACGAGCGAGGAGCUCUCUCGCGCAACAGCCGCAGCAGGCGGUGACGGUGGCGGCGGAGGCGGAGGCAGGGACGGCGUGGCGGUGGCGGCGGAGGCGCUGGCGGAGGCGGUGGACAGCGCAUUGUACGGCAUCACUGGCGGCGGCGGUGGCGGCGAGCACUGCUUGGCGACGGCGCAGAAGGCCUGUGCCACGCCGCCGCCGACGGCAAAUGCGCAUGCGUCCAGGCUUUACCGUCCAUCUUCGAGCCAUACUGGGCUGGUCACGACGCAUCAACGAGUGUCGCACGACAGAGCAGGCACCAGCAGUAACAGUGUCGACCGUACGGCAGCCCACGUCCGAGCCACAACCGCCAACGGUCGUCUGAGCAGCACGUCUGGGCACUCGCACAACGGCAGUAACUACGUCACCCAACGCGGUUGUUACAACUACCACACCUACCACAUAGGCGGCGCCGUUGAUGGGACAACGUACAAUGGCCAGGGUCUGUAUGAAAGCAAAAGGAGCAGCGGCGGCGGCGGCCUUGCCUCUGCAACUGCCGUCGCUGCAUUGACCAGCAAGGCCCUGAUCGAGAAAGACUUUCACGACCCAGCUCAGUGCGACGGCCCAACUGCUACAGCCGUUGCCAUGCAUGCUAGCGCUCCUGCUACUACAGCACCUGCCACGCGCACCCUUGCCACCACCAUCGCUGCAUUGUCCUCGGCUACAGCCAAUCCCCAUAGCGCCUCCGCCGCUGCAGCAACAGCACCAGCAGUAGCAGCAGUGACCUCUGAGGACUGCAAUCGCACGGCCAUGUCUGCCCCGAGCCUCAUCUGCACACCCGCCGCAGCUCCUGCCGGCGCCGACGCCGCUGUCACCACGGUCAGCACGACUACAGGACAGCUGUCCAACGCCACAUUCGGAGGAUGGCUGUCGACCGCGCCGCCAGCGGCGGCAGUUGCGGCCGCCGUAUCUUCGCAACGGCCGAACGAGCCGUCAAUACGUAACGCGUCUCAUUGUGGCGGUGGCGGUGGCGGUAUCCUUGCCAGGCUUGUCGGCAAUGCAGCAGCAGCAAUCACUCGUCGGCGUCCCACGACAGCGAUGGGUUUGGUUACCGCCGGCACUGAUAGUUCUGCUGGCGCAGCAGUUGAUAUGGUUGGCGCUGCGUCGGCUUACCCUUUAACCACAGCUCCAACGGAAACCGUUACCUGCGGGGCAACAACCCAACUGCAAGCAGGCGAGGGCAUCAGUGGCAUCAGCCGCAGCGGCGGUAGCGGUGGCGCCUCAGAGAAGGUCAUCAGGCGAUGCCUUGUACGACAUCGCUCAAUGGGCCCUUCGGGAUCAAUUGUCACAUCGGCCGCCGCUGCCGCCGCCGCAGCAGCCGCAGCAAUACCGAUGUCCGACCCUGCUGGAGACACUAUUGCUGCCGCUGCUGCUAAGGGUAGCUGUGGCGUAAGAGGAAGAGGUGCGGAUUUAGUGACCAGGGGCGAUGACUUGGUGAACCUACCAACAGCAGGAGGAGAUGGUGGUGAUCUUAUCAGCAUCAGCGGCAACGGUUGGGCGAACCUGUACAGCCCUCAUUCAAGACCCCGUUGGGAUUGCCAAAACGUCCAAUUGGAAAGCCUGGACCCCUCUGCGCACUCUGGAGCAGCUGAGGGCAGUAAUGGCAGCCGCGGUGGCGUUCGUGAGAAGGGCGUGAAACCGGGGUGUGCAGUACAAAGUCCUGACGCUGGUGCUGCAGGCGCCGAAGGAGCGGUAGGAGCGAUGCCCGCCUCCUCCGGCAACAGUGGCAGAGGCAGAGGCAGUCUGCAACGUGAUGGCACGCCUGUAUCUCAACCUACAUCCUCUUCCUCCUCCCCGCUUGGCCGGCCACUACCGUCAUCUCUGCCACCUAUGCUGCCUACAGCGCAACAGGCGCCCACUGCAGCGCCAGCAGAGGCGGCGGCACAGCCACAUCAUCACCAUCUUCAAAAUCACCAUCAUGGCCUUCAUCACAGGCAGCAGUUCCUGACGCGCUCAACUUCCUCAUCCGCCUCCCAGUGCGUUGUUGGAGGGCGAACCUCCCUUGACGUCGCGCAUGACAGCACCUGCAGCGGUGUUGGUGUCGGUGCUGGUGGCAGCAGCGGCAUUGGCGGAGUCGCAUCCGGAGGGCCUAACGCACCUUCGCCAGAUGCUGCAACCCAACGCAGCGGAUGGACGCUGUACGGACUCGAACCGGAUACCUCCCAGGAUGCAGCUGCAGCGGCGGUUGCUGCCACUGCCAAGCCGAGAAUCCGCACCAGUAGCAGCAGCAGCGGCGUCGGCGUCGGCGGCGGUGGCGACGGCUGCACCCCCUGCAACAGGCCUCCAAGCUUGGGUAACCACGAUGGGGUUCUGCUGGAUGCAUUGCUCGCCAGCAGUAGCAGCAACGGUGGCGGCUGCAUCAGUAGCAGUGCUGCAAGCGGCUGCGGCUACAGCCCUGUGGUAGCAGCAUGUAAUCGUGCUGCUACCGUUGCUGUUAAUGGUAAUGCUGGUGUUGCUGCUGCUGGAGGUAUUGCGGCUUCCACUGCCGACGACGGUGGUGGUGGCGGUGGCAACGGUGGAUUGGAUAUAGCCCGUAUGCUCGCUCGUGCUUCUGAGCUAGCGAUGCCGGCGACAGUGACGCCAGCGACGAUGACCACGGCGGCACCGACGGCGGCGGCGAGUGCUACUGCCGCUUCCAACGUGACUGGCGCCGGUAGCGGCGGCGGCGGUGGCGGAGGUCCUGUGAGCCGGAGCAGCAGCAGUAAUGGCAGCAGUGGAAAUGGCAGCGGUGGUACGUCCGUGGCAGUGCAGCAGCAGCACACGGUGGUUGUGAAGGCCCCUCCUCCUCAACAUCAUCAUCGGCAGCAGCAGCGGCAGCAGCAGCAACAACAAGAACGUCAGCAACACCAGCAGCAGCAGCCACGGCCGCCUCACCAGCACCAUCAGCAUCAACACCAACAGCAGAUGCAGCCACUACCGCCAUCCGCCCAACGCGUCCUUCACCUAUUCCACGCUCCCGUGCCCCGGAGGCUGGACCCGGUCGAGGAGUGCGGGUAUUCCUCCUUCACCACUGACGCCUCUUCCAACGUCGGCGGCAGUAGCCUAACCAAUGGCGGCGCCACCACCACCACUACCACCACCGCCGGCGGCGGCGGCGGCGGUAGCGACAGCAGGCAGGGUACGACAAACACAACCAUUACGACAAAUCCUGCCGCCACCGCCACUACCCCUACUGCUGGUGGUACAGUCGUUAGCGGCGGCGGCAGCUUUGCUGCCACGUCAUCUUCUUCCCUUGGAUGCAGAGUGGAUGCCCCUUACGCGUCAACCUAUGCUUCUACCUCUGUUGCUGCAGCCGCCGCUGCAACUGUUAGAGCUGCUACCGACAGUGCUACGGGCAGUGCUACAUCUGGCAGCAGGCACUUACUGGUUUCCAGCGGCUUUGCCACUGCCGCCACCACCACCAGCAGCAACAACAACAACAACAAUGACCGUAGCAGCAACAGCAUUGGCGCUGGUGCGUCACGCCGCCGCCCCAAGUCGCUGUUUGCAAAGUUUAAGAAGGCCCUUCGUCCAAGCAGUGCAAGCGGCGAACGCAGCAGACAAAACGGGUGACACGUCGAGAAGCGGCUUUGUUACUGUUGCUCUUGGGGGUACGCGGGGACGGGAAAGAAGGUAACUGCCGAUGAGGGUUGUACACCCUUGACCCAGAGGCAUCCCGUCAGUUGGUUAACCCCGGGCCGAAGGCUUCUCCCCUUGUGCCGCCUACACCCAGCAUAGUGUGUACCAGCAGCAAAUGCGGAUGGGAUGGCAUGUGGUGCAUGACAGCACUGAAAUAAGCGUGGAAAAACAAAUAGGCUGGAUACACUGUUUGGGUGUGGUUAUGGUUAGGAUGUUUAUGGGUGUUCUCGGCAGGAAGUCUAUUUGGUCAGUUCAUUAUUCUAUGCAAGUGCGGGAAGUAGGAUGCAUGGCCCGGGUAUGCAGCCACCAUACCCUGCAAACGAUGUAGCUGGCAUGUAUGCCUUGUGAUGUUAUGUGAUGAGCGAGAGUGUUUAUUCGCAACUGAGCGACUGUUUGUGUGUUUGAUUGCGGAGUGCCGGCAUCGUAAUGGCAAUCAAAGGCAGUGGUGCGAAAGACAAUGAUAGGGAUGAAUGUGAUGACACAGUCCGCAACUGCGCACACCCAGGCCCGUUUUGUCAACACAGUCCUCGAUUCCUCGUGUUUACUAAGGAGGCGCGGCGGCGAAGGUUGUCCUGAUGAUGGCCAGCAGAUGAGCGGUGAAAGUGACUUCAUUUCAAUUAAUAUAUUCCUGAUGGAGGGAGAGACGAUGCGUUGCCCCAGUUAAAGGGGCGGGUUGGAGAGAAAUCUGUUAAGAAGUGGAGGAAGAGAGGUGAUCAUCAUUUAAGAGGCGAGGGGUGAUGCGCUAAAUAUAGGAGGGAAGGCGGUCGUUAUACAGGAGCGAGGCGAUCAUUAUACUACAGGAGGGAGGUGAUCGAUUACUUACAGGAGGGAACAGUAUUUAUGGGGGAACACAAGUGAGUGGGUACCUAGGAUAGUUCGAACACACGAGAGCGCGAGAGAGAGCACAGUGCCCGCCCGUUCGUGUGUACGAGGCGCUUGUGGGGUACGGCGAGGAGGAUUUCGAUGACAGCAGCGCACAUGUACGCCUGGCGAGGCGCGUCUGAGUGGCGUUGUACGGUACUCGCGCGUCGUGCGUAGAAGUGUGGGAAAGGGCAGGAGGCGGAGUAUCGGCAUGAUACCGCACUGCUUGUGCCCGAGCGGACAGGUGCUUUUAUGAGCGAGAUUCCCUGACUCAUCAGUUUCUUCAGGAGGGAAGAGAAGUAUGGGAACUGUUUUGAUGCCGAGUUUAUUUAGGGCCCCAUGUGUGUGCUUUGGGAUUCACGCGCAGAGCGAGAGGGUAUUAUGUGGAAGUGUGUCUUGUUAGGGGAUGAAACGGUGGUUACCUACCUGUAGGUGGAGAUGUUAUUUCCCGGAAGCAGACAGCACGUCAAACUGCAGCAUUAGGUUUGUGACUUGCAGGGGUAUUGGCUGCUGGUCGUCGGCCGUUGUGUUCAUUUUGUCGGGAUUCAACAUGUCUGCUAGUUGCUUUGCCGUGAAGACUUUGCUUCCAUGUCAACGUUUAGGACGGUUGCUAUGUAUGUGCAAAACGAAACUGCGAGCCGGGUGGGCUAAGCAGGUUGGUCUGAGCACACUUGCGAACCGGAUGCGUUCAGUGUGAAAAUCAUGGGCGGGCGAAGGCUGUAUGCGUAGGUUUUGGCGAUGCCAGGUUUCAUUGUAGGUUUUUACGAGGGUUUUAACUCGUUUUCUAGUGGCCUAUGCGUCUUGUUCGUAUUUGUUAGAAGGGGCAGCCAAGUACAUGUAGGCACUUCCAAGUUCCUAUUUUGCUUACUGUGGCUGUAGCGGCUUUUAGCGCAUGCAGAGCUUUUAUUUCCCGCUGGUGACCCGUGGGUCAGUGCUCCGGUCGUGAUUCGACGGUCAUUCUCCUUACAUGCUUUCGUCAGCUGGACUACUACUAGGUGUUGCGCCACCGCUAGCUUCUGCUUUUGCGCUGUAUUUGGAAUUAGACGGAGCUUUAUAGUAAGGAGCCGUUACUGGUAACAAGUUUGCUUAGCUUCUGGUGCUAAGUGGCUCAGGUGGCUCAGGGGGGAGGAUAUGAGGUACUGGAAGGGCCGCGGUAGGGGUCGCAGGGGACAGAGGAGGGGUGCUUUGGGCCGGCCGGUUGUUGCCUUUGUGUCCAUGCUUGCCCACAUGUGGUAGCAGGUGCUCUACAGAGGAAGCUAUCUAUCGGAUAACUGCUGGCAAACUGUUGCUGGUCCAGGAACUCGUUGGCAGUGCUUUCGGUGGGCUGAGGUGUAACAGAAUUAACCGUUGGUGUUAGUUGGUACGUUCUGUGCAUGGACACAACAGAAAAGGACGGACGGUUGGAGUUCGUUGGUGUCAUACAGCAAGUGUUGAGUCAAGUUUGAGGUUUGAGCCUUUUGGAACUGCGUUUAGGAGGGAGAGGAGAAAGGGGAGGAGAGCGGUUUGCAGAAGAUGGGGAAGGAAGUGAUGCUGUAUGGAAGCAAGGAGGGAGGGGUCAUUGUUAUAUUGCACUGCAUUACUAAUAAGCGGUGGUGCAACGUGGGGCUCAGUUUUGUAACGUGAAGAAUAAGAGCAGGUUUGUUUUAGAGUCAGCUUGUUACUCGAAAGGCGUCAAAAAGAAGCGGUUCUGACUGUUGCAUAGCAGGUGGGAUUGACAUGGAGAGGAGGCCUGUCUGCAGGUCCGGCCACAAUGGAAAGGCAGGGCUAUUUGCCACAUGGUACCUCUUACUUAGCUUGAUACCAUGUAGCCCUUUGAAAAUAUUGUACCC